AUGCCUUCGGCAACAGCGGAGCACAACUGGCAAGACAUGCCAUGCGUGUCAAUAAACGGCAUGCUCGUCCGAGUUCAAAUAACGUUUGACACGGAGCAGUCUCGGUGUAUCGUCUUGGACCGCCCGCCACCAGGAACCGAAUUCUAUUCUCACCACGGCGUCGCAGAGGGGUCUGAUAGGCCGUCGGAUACCGCCAUGCUCGAUGGAUCCGAACACUAUCCUUGGGACAAUAUGUCAUCGAACAACAGGGACAUUGACGGCGAUUCAGCGGCAGAGAUGUUCGACGGCAGGGAGUGCGCCGACUUCCACGGCACAGAAUCUGUGGGCCUGCGGAUCUUGGCCGCCCACACAUUCUUCGAUGUCCUGCUUCACGACACGUCGCAAGACGAGAUGCACCAGUACGACGACUUGCCAUACAUAUCGACGACACAUAACCCCCGCUCUAUUUCCGCUCUCCCAUACCUUCUGGUCAUUGAUGUUUGCGAUCGGUUUAUGUACACCUAUGCCUUCAAAAUCGUCAAUUGA